AUGUGGACGGGGGAUUCUAUACCCAUUCCAGGAUAUUUAUCUGGUGAAACUAUUGGCUCACAGCCAUCUAAUGGAUUCACCAAUUGGAUUUGUUUUGAUAACGGCAUGGAAAAGGCGAGGUAUCAUCAGUUGGACUGUCGGGCGUCAGUACGGUGCCACAUCUUGUCAUUCGUGAUGGGAAUGGAAUUCUUCUAUCAAUUCGGCCUUAAGGAGACCGUGGGAAACCUCAUAGGAUCGAGUCACCAGAUUGUACUCGGCAUAGGCGAAAGCAUUUUCUCCGUUCAGUUUUAUGAACGUGUGCAGUGCAUAUUCUCAGAUGCUACAUACCCAAGAGAUGUCAUGUGCGUGGAAGGGAUAAGUUUCGGCAUUGUCAAGUUUAUCAAUGGAGAGGCCCAAACGCGAUUGAGCAUGUACUGUGGAUGUUCAAAGCCAUUUGGGCCUUUCUAA